UCUUUCUCUGCUCGAACCUUCGAAGACGAUCCUUCGUACACUGAUCCUGCACCUGCUUACAACGGAACCAUAGCCGUGGACCUGCUGAGCAUCGUUAGCCUUUGAUCUGGAGGCUGUUAUGAAUGAGGUAUGGAACAGGACAGCGGUUCGGACGCGGUCCCGGCUUUCCAUGGAAGGCGAUGUGUACCAUUCAUCAUCCUUCUCUCAGGGCUCGGAUUGGCCAUCGUGAUCACAGUACUGCUGCUUGUAUGGCACUUCAGUCGCAGGCAUAAUUCCAGCUCCAUCGCAGCAGGGUGCGUGACGGAGGACUGCAGACGCUAUGCGGAGGACUUACUCGGCGGCAUCGACUCUAGAUUCGAUCCUUGCGAAGACAUACAGAAGUACGUUUGCGGCCGUUUGCCUCCAGUUCCGAAGUCCGACGUGAUCAGCACGCUCAUCUUCCGGAGGGCCAUAACGGAAGACGUGCCCAGGGCUAACCAGACUGCGUAUCAAAAGGCUGCGAGACUCUUGCAAACAUGCGUCGACGUCGUUCAGAAGGGACAAACAUCGGUGGAACCAUUGAAGAGAUUGAUGGCCAAGAUCGGUCUCUUCUGGCCUGACCCAACGACAACGGACUUUAUUCAGCUCCUCCUCGUGGUCUCACUGAAUUGGGACGUGCAUGUCUGGGCAGACAUCACAGCUGACCCGACUAAAAAAGACGCGAGGGAGAAUACGAUGCUUGCGUUCUCCGAGAGUCCCACUGCGAAGUCGUGGCUGGAAAAGAAGUCCCAGAUCAUGAAGUACCUGCAGUACGAUCAGUUCGUCUCCACUCACCUGCUUGCGUUUGGCGUUAGCGAGCAGGACCUACCCAGAUACCUCGAUUUAGUAAAACGGGGAGACGCCUUUGUGGAAUCCAACUUAACUGGUGCCGCCAAUGGAGAGGUCGGCGAAGAAUUGAUUGAAUUCUGGAGACUCAGCACCGGCAGGAGGAUCGUUAGCGCUCUGAACGCGCACGUUGCUUGGCUGGGCGGGAGGUACGCCCUCUACGGUGGCAUCUGGGUGACCAACAAGAGCCUCUUCCAAAAGAUAUUCGAAGAAAUCACGGGGAACCCCGACGAAGAGCACCUCCUCAAGUUCCACCUAGGUUGGACCGUAGCUCGUUCUUUGGGUUCUGCCGUAUCACGUGACCUUGCGAUGCUGCAGUAUUUCGAAUUCGAAAGGGCUGUGUUCCAACAUGAAAUGACCUGCUUUGUAUCGGCUCGACGUAUGCUGGGGCUGGGACUGAUCACGCCUUACGCCCACGAGCUUCGGCAUCGGGGUGUUCAGCGCGAGGUGCUGAGGAUAACGGACUCCAUUCAGGAAAGUUUCAUCGAUGCCGGAGAAAGCAGCUCCGCUCUCGACACCGCAGCGCUCUCCAGACUUAAGAAUUUCUUGCAGGGCAUCCACGUGGAUGUUUUCGUACCUGAUCAAAUCACGAGCGAAAACGUCACGAACGACAUCUUCACUGUUGUGCCCGACGUGGUCGAAGAUCUGUUCAUCGAAAACUGGGCCGUAACCAAGGAGGCGCUCAAGAACGCUUCGCUGCCUCCGGCACUGACUGACUUCUCGUACGAGCACCCGCUCUACUACCCAGACAGACAGACAUUUUUCGUUCCCCUCGGAGCCAUCGAGUCUCCGAUGUACUCCAUCAGCCUCACGCCGGCUUUCAACUACGGAGGCCUGGGUCAGUUCGUCUCAUCCGUCUUUGGUGUGGCGCUCUACUGGGAAGAUCUCCGGUGGCUGACAUCCUUACCCUUGGACAUCUACAACCGACGCCUAGACUGCUUUCAGAGGUCUGCCGACAUGUACGAGGACAAGACGGAGGAAACGAUUACGAGGAAACAAAUCAUGUCCGCUGCGUGGAGCUUGCUCCCCCUUUAUAAUGCCUUCAAGAAUGCCUCCGCGGGCACGUCCUCCAAUCUCCAGGAGGCACCGAACUGGUCCGACGACCAGCUCUUUUUCCUCGCCUACUGUCACUCCUUUUGCAAGACUGAGGCCUUUCGUUCCGUCUCCUGGUUCUGCAGCGUCUUACUUCGGAACUUUCCUCGCUUUUCUGAGGCGUUUGACUGCAAGAGGCGGACCUACAUGAAUCCGGCAGAACGUUGUCUUACGUGGUGAAUGCGGACAAUAAGCGAUAUUUCAACGAAUGAGGUAUUCGAAAACCUGUGGCGCAAUAAUUUUUAUUUGUGGCAGAAGUAUAUAGUCUGUCACAUGUUGAUAAGC